AUGUGUAGGGGUUGUCCCCCUAUCAUUCUUGGCGGUCUUACCUUAUCCUAUCCUCGCAACGUCAGGGGAUUGCCUCCUCGGUUGCAGAGCCCUGGAUGUGUAGGGGUUGUCCCCCUAUCAUUCUUGGCGGUCUUACCUUAUCCUAUCCUCGCAACGUCAGGGGAUUGCCUCCUCGGUUGCAGAGCCCUGGAUGUGGGAUUGCCUCCUCGGUUGCAGAGCCCUGGAUGUGUAGGGGUUGUCCCUCUAUCAUUCUUGGCGGUCUUACCUUAUAUACCUUAUCCUUCUCAUCCUAUCUAA